UGAUGGUUAUUGAAACAGCCCAAACCUCUAUCACCGUGCAAGGGAUAUAGCUCAAGAGGCAACCAGGCAGUCCCAGGACCAAGGAAUGGAUGACUACAAAUAUCAGGACCACUAUGAGGGCUAUGGCCCCAGUGAUGGCUAUUAUCGUGGAAAUGAGUCCAAUCCAGAAGAAGAUGCACAGAGUGAUGUUACAGAAGGCCAUGACGAGGAGGACGAGAUCUAUGAGGGCGAGUACCAGGGCAUCCCUCACCCGGAUGACAUCAAGACCAAGCCAACCAAGAUGGCGCCCUCCAGGGCAGAUGGUCUUCGGGGCCAGGAAGACCUGAUGGCGGAGAGGAUGGAAGAUGAGGAGCAGCUGGCCCACCAGUACGAGACCAUCAUUGAUGAGUGUGGCCACGGGCGCUUCCAGUGGAUUCUCUUUUUUGUUUUGGGCUUGGCCCUCAUGGCAGAUGGGGUGGAAGUGUUCGUGGUGAGUUUUGCCCUGCCCAGUGCAGAGAAGGACAUGUGUCUGUCCAGUUCCAAGAAGGGAAUGCUUGGGCUGAUAGUCUACCUAGGAAUGAUGGGGGGAGCCUUCGUCCUGGGGGGCCUGGCUGAUAAACUGGGGAGGAAGAGAGUCCUCAGCAUGUCCCUGGCUGUCAAUGCCUCCUUCGCCUCCCUCUCCUCCUUCGUACAGGGAUACGGAUCCUUUCUCUUCUGCAGACUCAUCUCGGGCAUAGGUAUUGGGGGUGCUCUGCCCAUUGUUUUUGCCUAUUUUUCUGAAUUCUUGUCCCGGGAGAAACGAGGAGAGCAUCUCAGUUGGCUGGGCAUCUUCUGGAUGACUGGAGGCAUCUAUGCAUCUGCCAUGGCCUGGAGCAUCAUUCCACACUAUGGCUGGGGCUUCAGCAUGGGCACCAAUUACCACUUCCACAGCUGGAGAGUGUUUGUCAUCGUCUGCGCUCUGCCCUGCACCAUAUCCAUGGUGGCCUUGAAGUUCAUGCCAGAGAGCCCGAGGUUUCUGCUAGAGAUGGGCAAACACGACGAAGCCUGGAUGAUUCUCAAGCACGUCCACGACACCAACAUGAGGGCUAAGGGGGCCCCGGAGAAGGUGUUCACGGUUUGCAACAUUAAAACGCCCAAGCAAAUGGACGAAUUCAUUGAGAUCCAAAGUUCAACAGGAACUUGGUACCAGCGCUGGCUAGUCAGAUUCAAGACCACUUUUAAGCAGGUCUGGGAAAAUGCCCUGUACUGUGUGAUGGGGCCUUACAGGAUGAACACGCUGAUUCUGGCCGUGGUCUGGUUCACCAUGGCUUUAAGUUACUACGGACUGAUAGUGUGGUUCCCUGAUAUGAUCCGAUAUUUUCAAGAUGAAGAAUAUAAGUCCAAGAUGAAGGUAUUUUCUGAUGAGCACGUGUACGGCGCCACAAUCAACUUCACAAUGGAAAAUCAGAUUCACCAGCACGGGAAACUCGUGAAUGACAAGUUCACAAAGAUGUACUUUAAACACGUACUCUUUGAGGACACGUUAUUUGACGAGUGCUAUUUUGAAGACGUUACAUCUACUGAUACCUAUUUCAAGAACUGCACCAUUGAAUCGACCGUCUUUUAUAACACAGACCUCUACCAGCACAAGUUCAUCAACUGUCAUUUUAUCAACGUCACCUUUCUGGAGCAGAAGGAGGGUUGCCACAUGGACUUUGAGCAAGACAAUGACUUCCUGAUUUACCUUGUCAGCUUUCUCGGCAGUCUGUCUGUCUUGCCUGGGAACAUCAUUUCUGCCCUGCUCAUGGAUAAAGUCGGGAGGCUCAAGAUGAUCGGUGGCUCCAUGCUCAUCUCGGCGGUCUGCUGUUUCUUCCUGUUUUUUGGCAACAGUGAGUCUGCCAUGAUCGGCUGGCAGUGCCUGUUCUGCGGGACCAGCAUUGCCGCCUGGAAUGCUCUGGAUGUCAUCACGGUGGAGCUGUAUCCCACCAACCAGAGGGCAACAGCCUUUGGCAUCCUCAAUGGAUUAUGCAAAUUUGGCGCCAUCCUGGGAAACACCAUCUUUGCUUCUUUUGUUGGGAUCACCAAAGUGGUCCCCAUCCUUCUGGCUGCCACCUCUCUCGUGGGGGGUGGCCUGAUUGCUCUUCGACUGCCAGAGACUCGAGAACAGGUCCUGAUGUGAACAACCUCUGGGGAACGGAAAUGUUGGAAGAACCUUGUCCAGGAACCUUAAAUGUGCCCACACUUCCUGUCCGUCACUGUCCAGAGGACAUCUGGGUAGCAGAGGAGGAGAAGUUGAUUUUGUGACCCUUAGUUUAGCACCCAUUUCAGCUGUUAAUAUGUUAGUAACUCAGGUGACUGAUUUGGGGGUGUCCUGAACUUCCCUCCCUUAGAACCAUCACAGAGCUGCAUGCCUGACUUCCGAUGUCCCCAGCCCAAGGCAGGGAGAAAAGAUAAACCCUUCCAGUGGGUGUGCACACUAAGGCAAGGGGUGUGCAUUUCCAAAAGUGAGGUGCAAGGACUUUUUCUGCAUUUCAAAAUGAAUCUGAGGGCGAGAAACACUCCAGCUUCUUCAUAAAGUUCCUCGGAGCCCAAGGACCUGACAAAUCGAUGUGGCCGGGAAGUCAGCGUCACCCUAUGAAUACUGAAGUACAAGGAUACAUAUAUUUUUGCAUUUAAAGUAUCAUCAUAGUUUCCAUUUGAAAAUUGGCACAAUAGCAUUGAAGAUACUCUGAUUUAGGAAACCAAGUAUUUGAGCAAUAUCUAUAGAUAUCUCCUUUCUCCCCUCAAAUGUCCUAAGUUUUCUGUGAUGAUUAGGUGGCCAAUUUAAGACUAAUAUUUACUCCUAUUUUGAUCUAGUCAAAGAAACUUAAUGGGAUAGAUACUCUGUAAACUAACUUUGUACAUAACUGUAUUUGAGUUUAAUUUGCAGAAAUGGUAUCUGCAAAUAUUUGCCAGCAUAUUUAGCCAUAUUUCGAGAGGACUUGAUGUUUGAGGUCCCAGGAAGUUGGGGCUGACUGAACGAAGCCCAAGCACAAUUUCUCACAGCCAUUUAACCUGCUGGCGGGAGGACACACUUAGCAAACCCACGUGGUGUGGUUCAUUUAACCCGGGCACUUUUCUUCGCUUGGGUGAAGGAGUUGCUUUCCUCUCUUACACAGAUCACCGGUGAGACACAAGCUCAGCAUCCUUCAGUCCUGGCGUUUAACAUUGCUGCUCACCCAGCAGCAACAAGAGAAGUGUCCAGUGGCCUCUGGCACCUUCUUUGUUGGCGAGCGUAAAACGUGGUGGACAACAUGGGGGAUGGAAGGCGGGAUGGGGAAGUGUAGCUCCCGUUCUGCAAAGUAUAAAUUCCUUCUGUUUCUUUAAGCCAUAAAACACAAUCCAUAUUCGUUAUAAUGAUCCAGUCCCAUGGGAAGCCUACGCUCUGCGUCUCAGUUCAGGGUUUUUGAAGCAGAUGCCACUGGCAUGGGAGUUAGGGGGUACAGUGGGUGUCAAAUAGGUUUUCCUUCAGUGCUGCAAGAGAACGCUUUCCUGAGAUCCAGUGUGAAGCAUGACUGGGGGUGCGGGUGGGGAACCCGAAACAAACUGCUUUGACAGAGGUCAGUAACAAACUGAAGUCCUGACUCAGAGAACAGGCACAACAUUUCCUCCAUCAGAACUGUCCUGCGUGGAAGGGGCAGUGAGCUAUGAGCCGCUGUGACUGGCGGUGAACUUACUGAGGCCAGAUGAACAUCAGUCUGCAAGAAACCAGUUCUCUGAAUUGAUUUGUGAUGCUCUCAGUUCUGUAAAGUGCCACACGUUUCCUACCAGAAACCUCAAAAAUUUAAAGAAGGAUAAUGGUGGCUGCAUGGAGUGUAUUUUCUGUUUGAGGGAAGUGCUUAGGUCCCAGGACAGCUUCGGGACAUCUUUUGGUUAUUCUUUGGAGUAGUAAGUGGACAGGAGGAAAGAGUAAAUUUUAUGACACCUUUCUACCCUGGAGUUGAUAUCAGUUUUAAUGGUUAAAAUGUUUUCUCUGCUUCUCUAGAACCCCCCGCCUCUUUAUUCAUCUUUUUUUUUUCCUGUACAGGGAAGCAAGACAUGUCAACUCAUUUGAAUCCUGAUUCCCCCAAAUUUAUAAAUAUACUGUUGUGUAUUAGUGUUUUUCGCAGUGUUUUACAGGAGUUACCCAACAUAAAUGCUACAUCAGUAAUGAAAGGAUCAGUGUAAUAUAGCUGUAAUAUACUUUCUUGUGACAUGAAGUACACCGGCUAUGUUCCUAAAAGAGAAUUGUGUCAACCAGGAUUACCACAUCCCAUCUAAUAUUAUUCCCCAGUGGGAUGAAUUCAGUGAGCAGUUACUGCUUAAGAAAUUGACAAGGCAGUGAGAAUCUGCGUUUUGAGUUCAGGUGGAUCUUGGGAAUCUAAAACCUGAUGAAUUUUUGAGCGUUGGGAUGGCUGCAGCAAUGUAGGGGUAAACUCCGUGUGAUUCCCAAGCUCUGCCUUCUGCAUUAUCUUUCUGACUCCUCACACCAACCACCUAACUGACCAAGGACAUUUCCAUCUCAUCCAUCACUUAGGCCUUUGCAAAGGUAUGGCUGUGCUCUGCAGCUUUUCCCCAUGAAGGAUUGUCUGGCACUGGGACCUGGCCACUUCUUAAAUGCUGUCACUCUUGCUGAGACAAAUGCUGCUUUAAAAGUCAUCUCUGUGGCAGGUCAUUGGGGAUACCGUACAGCCUUCCUGGCCAGGCGCUUCUUUUUCAUUUCCCCUGCCACCCUGAGAAACUCCUGCUGGCAUCCGUGGAGCAUAAAAGGGAUGAAGCUCUCUCUCAUUGAGCAAAUCUGUUUGCAGUUCACGAUGUAUUUUAUAAUGCCCCAGUUUGGGAGUAAUUAUUUUUAAUGGUCUCAACUGUAUUGUGUCAUCUGUUGAUGCUGAUUUUUGGUCUUUUGUUUUACUGGUGAUAAACAGUGAAAGGGGUGUGCCUAUUCACUCCCAGGGUUCCCUGGCACCUUGUGUUCAUUCAUGAAAAAAAUAAUAAAAAUCAUGGUAAGCAAACC